AUGAAGGAUGUCCACAGAACAAAAACCAAGAUGACAAGAAACUUCGAAGGAAAAUUACAAGAACAGUUGAAGCCACUUGACAGGGGACCAUGGCCCGAGGGCCGGGGGGGCACGAGAAGGCAGCUGGCUCGCCGUAACCCUGGAAGCUCGCCGUUGCCCGCGCCGCCGCUGCUACCGUCGCUGCUGCUGCUAGCCUGGGCUGCGGCGGGGGCCCGAGGGCAGGGGCCCCUCGAGUUCCCUCGCGCCGUGGUUAACCUGGCCGUGAGCGGGGAGCGCUUUCUGGUGGCCAGCGGCAACUGCUGGUACGAAGUGGCGCCUUCGCUGGCGUGGAAGGAGGAGCGCUUCUGCGAGGAGCCGGCCCAGUUCUGCGGCGAGACGGUGGCCUCGGUCAACAAGCUGCUGCUGCCCUUCGGGCGCGACCGCCUGCUCACCUGUUGGAGUCAGCCUCGAGGCGUCUGCUAUUUGCAGAACGUCACCGAAGGGAGAGCCGCGAAGAAAUUGGGCCGUGAAUUGGUGACCUUCGCGUCGGAAGGCGCGGUGGCCGGGCUGAUGUAUCGCGAGGACGAUCGCUCACCUUGGUCCCUGGUCUGGGCCAUGAGCCACAAACUGAACAACUGCCCCGAUGACCCCCCGGAGAGCAACGCCAACAAGGCGGUCUUCAUCAUACUAGAAGGCGAGGAAUCAGUGAACGAAAUCAGGCAGGUGGCCAUGAAGAAGGUGUACAACCUGCACUUCGAGGAUGCCUUUCGCUGGCAGAAGUACUUCUUUUUCCCUUAUUAUAACAAUGACAACCCGGAGGCCAAGAUGCUCAUCGCUCUAUACGAGAAAAACAACCUCAGGUACAAUAGCCAGGUCCUGCGAUGUGGCGCCGGCAAAAAGAUCAAAAUUCUUUCCUCGGCGUACCUGGAGCAACGCGCGCUCUGGGUCGGGAUUUUCGGCUCAGCCUCCACUCCCGCCACUCCGACUUCCACCGGCCUUUGCAUCUUUGCUCUUAAAGAGCUGCUGAAUAACGCGAACGAGUGUAAGUUCGGGGAGUUCUCCACUUCCGACUUGAUUUCGGAUUUCCAGCCUCCAAACACAUGUGUAAAUGUUACAUGGCCAAUCAACAACUCAACUUCUCUGAGUCAUUUUAAUUUGGUUUCAGUUUAUGCCACUGUGCUACUAAACAAGACUGUUUUAUUUUUAGGAACAGGAAAUGGGCAGCUAUUGAAGAUUGUUCUUGAUGACAAAAUGAAGCCAAAUUGUCCAGAAAUUUUAUAUGAAAUUAAGGAAGAAACACCCAUUUUCCAUAGGCUUGAACUUGACCCUACGGAUCAGAAUUACAUCUAUCUACCAUCUAAUAAUAUGAUCAGGAGAAUACAGGUUGCAAAUUGCAACAAAUAUAUUUCCUGCAGAGAUUGUUUAUCUGCAAUGGACCCACACUGUGGAUGGUGCCACACAAAGAAAAGCUGCACUUUAAAAGGUGAAUGUACAUUUUCUAGUAACUCACCUAACUGGGUAAAUAUUUCAUACGGCAAAGAUAAGUGCCUGAAAAUCUUCACUUCUGAACUCAAAAAUAAUAAGGUUAAUGUGAGAGUCGAUGUAAAUUCUUUUGGUCUUUCUGAAGCACAUUCCCAUUGCAGGAUGUUAAAUGCAAGGACCAAUAAAAUUCUUUGUGAAGUGAAUCAACGCCAUCUCAGUUGUUCCUGUGAUAUAAAUUUUAAAGAUCUAUCAGAAAAAGUUCAAGUGUCAUUCAUCUCAGGAACUUGGAAUUUAUCAGAAAUAUUUGAAUUUGACAUCUGUUCCUUAUCAAAAACAUGCUCAAAAUGUAAUCAUAUGCACUGCACCUGGAAUGCUAGAGAAGAAAAAUGUGUUACCUCUACUAUGACUUGUGCCAAAAAAAUUGAUUGUAAUAGCACUAUCAAUGCAUUAAACAAAAAAGAUCAUUCAGCAACAUCAAAGCCUAUUAAAAUUAUUUCCAUUGAACCGAACUACAUGUCAACAUUAGGUAAACCUGAAGUGCUAGUCAUAGGAGAAAACUUUAACAAAUCAAAUUUUUUGAUGGAGAUAACUGGAACCAGCAGCUGCCAACAAGAUGUGGUACAUGUUACUAAAGUGUUAAAUGACACACACAUGAAAUUCUGUUUACCACCAAGUCGUAAAGAAGUCAAGAGCGCUUGCAUAAAGGAAAGCGGGUUUGAAUGUUCUGCCAUUCUUCCACUACAUUACGUCUCUUUUCCAUCAUGCGCUAAGAUCCUUCCAAAUAUUACUUGGAUGAGUGGAGGUCGCAAUAUGACUAUACAUGGGAAAUAUCUGGAUAUCACAGAUGAAGUUAUUUUAAGUGAUUUCCCACAAAACGUAAUGCAAUUUACUUGCAAUAAAAAUAGUUUUGAAUGCAGUUUUACAACCCCAGCUAUUAAGAUGGAGAAAGGAUCUAAGAUUAUUAACAUUAUUCUUAAAGUUGAAAAUAUUAAUAUAUCUUGCGGUGACUUUCAAUAUUAUCCUGAUCCUAAAUUUAUUCAUUAUGAACUAAUAACUGAUUUGGAACCUGACCUGGAAUUGAAAAUACAUAAAAAGAAAGACAAUUUAAGUCUUUCUAGACAUGAACUUGAAGUUUUCAUAUCUGAUAAGAAUCUGAUCAACAUAACAUUCAGUGUCCAAAAUAUUUCAAAAACAGCUACUCGUAGCAUAAUACAUUGUAGAGCUAAACAGGAAAAAAACCUUACCAGGAAGAUUAAUAAAUCAAGCAUGAAAGUUUAUGUCAAGGUAGGGAAUUCUGUGUAUGAAGUUCCUAAUGAAAACAAAAACUAUUCAUUCUUCUACAUUCUUUUGUUAAUCCCGAUAGUAAUUGCGGUUGCAUUUUUUGUCACCCAGCGAAAGUCCAAACAAUUAAAUCAAAAAUUAAGUGAACAUCUGGAACUAUUGGAAUGUGAACUUCGUAAAGAAAUACGGGAAGGAUUUAUUGAACUACAAGUUGAAGAAUUGGAUAUAGUUGAUAGCUUUGGAACAAUUCCAUUUCUUGAUUAUAAACAUUUUGUUCUUAGGACAUUUUUCCCAGAGGCUAUAGGUAUUUCGUCUAUAUUUAUUGAAGACUCUAAUGAACCUCUAAGCAAAGACCAGGGUCUAUAUGCAUUAAUUUGUAACAAAAAAUUUCUUGUUACGCUGAUUCACAUUCUUGAAAAACAGAAAACGUUUGAUAUAAAAGAUAGAUGCUUGUUUGCAUCUUUUUUGACAAUUGCACUACAGACCAAUCUAGUCUAUUUAACUAAUAUUCUAGAAGUUUUGACAAAAGAUUUGAUGGAGCAGUCUAGCAAUAUGCAACCUAAGCUGAUGCUAAGGCGCACAGAAUCAGUAGUAGAAAAGCUGCUUACAAACUGGAUGUCAGUUUGCCUUUCUGGUUUCCUUCGGGAAACAGUUGGGGAACCAUUCUUUUUACUUGUAACAACUUUAAAUCAAAGGAUUAUCAAGGGUCCUGUGGAUGCAAUAUCUUGCAAGGCCCUAUACACACUAAAUGAAGACUGGUUACUGUGGCAAGCGCCUGAAUUCAGCACAGUGGUAUUAAAUGUUGUCUUUGAAAAUAUCCAAGAAAAUGAGUCCAGUGGCGCUACUCAGAAUAUCCAAGUUAAAAUAUUGGAUUGUGACACCAUUGGACAGGUCAAAGAGAAGAUCCUACAGGCCUUUCUGAACAAGAACGGAUCCCUCUAUGGUCUCCAGCUAAGAGAAAUGGGCCUGACUCUUGAAUCAGGUUCCCAAGCAAAAGAACUUCUGGAUGUAGAUGGUUCCUCCGUAAUUUUAGAAAAUGGAGUUACUAAGCUGAACACCAUAGGUCAUUAUGGGAUUUCAGAUGGAGCAACAAUGAAAGUAUUUAAGAAGAUAUAUCAAGAUAUAUCAGCUGAUGGAGAAUAUUCUGAGGACUAUUGCCAUCUGAUAUUACCAGAUGCAGAAGCAGCCAAAGAAACACAGAAUGCAAAACAUAAAGGAAAACAAAAAUUUAAAGUCAAAGAAAUGUAUCUCACUAAACUUCUCUCUACUAAGGUUGCUAUCCACUCAACUGUUGAAAAGCUCUUUAGAAGCAUUUGGAAUUUGCCCAACAAUAAAGCCCCAGUUGCUAUUAAAUAUUUUUUUGAUUUUCUGGAUGCUCAGGCUGAAAAUAAAAAAAUUACAGAUCCUGAUGUGGUCCAUAUAUGGAAAACCAACAGUCUGCCUCUUCGAUUCUGGGUGAAUAUUCUGAAGAAUCCUCAAUUUGUCUUUGAUAUUAAAAAGACUCCACAUAUAGAUGGCUGCCUGUCAGUCAUUGCACAAGCAUUUAUGGAUGCAUUUUCUCUGUCAGAGCAACAUUUGGGAAAGGAAGCACCAACAAAUAAACUUCUGUAUGCUAAGGAUAUACCACUUUAUAAAGAGGAAGUUAAAGCUUUCUAUAAAGCAAUAAGGGAUUUGCCUCCACUGCCCAGAGCAGAACUGGAAGAAUUUUUAAUUCUGGAAUCACAGAAACAUGAAAAUGAGUUUAAUGAGGCCGAGGCCUUGAAUAAAAUUUACCAAUAUAUCGCAAGAUACUUUGAUAAGAUACUGAAUAAAUUAGAGACAGAACGAGGAUUGGAAGAAGCCCAACAGCAACUCUUAAAUAUAAAAGGUUUAAUGGAUGAAAAGAAAAAAUGCAAAUGGGCUUAGGAAUUUAAUUUUAUAAUUGGUGCUAUUAUGGAACCAAAUUCAAAAUAUUGGUCAACUAGUUCUGUUCACACAAAAUCAACAACCGAUGCCCUCAGAUUGGAACAGACAUCUCCAGAUGUGUCAACAAAGUGGAGCCUGGACUGAGAUGUAUAUCUGCCUGCUGCUGGCAUCUGAAGCAAUCCCUCUAUGCAGAUCUUCCCUCCUAUAUAGAUACAAUCAAAUAAUUUUGGUUUAUUUUUUUGCAUUAAAAACAACCUUAAAUACAGAUCUUAUAUAAACAAACUGGUUGUGUUAUCGUUCACAACUUCAUCUAAUUUCUAUGCUGUCAUUCAGCAGCAAUUUAUGUGCCUUAAAAAGACCUCAGUUGGUUUCUGAUAAGCACAAAUAUAUUCUUGUUAUUCAUAGUCUGAGCAUCAAAAUUAGAGAGCGUUCAAAUGCUACAUGGUUUUAUAAUGAAGUGUAGAUUUUCAACUUCCCCCAAAUAGUUACACAUUGUGGCAUAACUAAAAGUGACGUGGGACUGAAACAGAGGGGAAAUUUCCACCCAGCACAUUGAUACAGCAAACAAUUCACCUCUUGAUAAAGUCGGUUUCAUAUCUAGUUCUACCGCUGAAGAUGUCAUGGACGCAUCGAUAUAAAUUUUUUGGCAUGAUCAUGGAAGGGGUUUGCAUUCUCUGUCUUCCGAACGCAAAUUUACACUUUGAAAUUCUUCCAUCACUGUAUCUGCACUUUUUAAAAAUGGAGCUGGUAGCCUUUCCUAUCUGUAUUUUCAUUAGUAUAUACAAUGUUUCCCUGAAAAAAAGACCUUGACAUAUUUUUUUGAACUCUGAAAUAAGCGCUUGGCCUUAUUGCCAUGCGCUCAAAAGCCCGAUUGGGCUUAUUAUCAGGGGAUGUCUUAUUUUGGGGAAAACAAGGUACAUGCAUUGUAAAUAUAAGGGCAAAAAUAAAAAUUACAAAGAGGGUUUUUUAACAACUGAAGAUUCAUAAGUGUAUCAUAAUUUUAUUAUUGACUAUAAAGUAAAUGUGAAUGAGGGCAUCACAUAGAUGUAGGCUCUUCCACUCAGCUUCUAUGCCUUCCCUGCUAUUGGAAUACCAAUUUUCUCAGUUAUAUUUUAUAGGGCCCUGCAAUGCCUGCAUUUGAAGGCAAAAACAUAUUAUCUGCAACUCCUUCAGGAAGUUGUAUCUUUUCCUGGGAUUGGGGUGGUGCAGAAUCUCAGGAAUAGAUAGGUUUGGUGUAAGGAGUGCUAUGUACACACUCUAAAGCACAGGUAUCAAACACACGACAUCACGUCAUCACAUGACGUAUCACAACUUUUUCCCCCCUUUGCUAAACUGGGGUGGGCAUGGCCAGCACGUGAUGCAUCCAACCUGUGGCCGCGAGUUUGACACCCCUGCUCUAAAGUGUUUUCUUGAUUUCAAAUAUGAAGCACUGCUAUGCUUUGUUGCCUAUCACAUCCUGCUCAGAGUAAUAUUUACAGGGAACACAUCAGCAGAUGUUUGCAUGUGCUGUAUCAAUUUUUAAAAUUUUAAAUAGAAAAACUUAAAAGUGCCUCAAAUAGUAGGUUUUGAUCCCACUACUUCUUGCUAGGAAAAUUCUAAUGACAUUGAAAAGAUUAACUAGCCACUAUAGGCUGAGGAUUCUCUAGGGCGAAGGUGCCCAACCUUGGCAACUUUUAGACUUAUGGAUUCCAACUCCCAGAAUUCCCAAGCCAGUAUGGUUAGCUUGUUCUGUAACAUACAAAUAGAUGUGUUCUAAUAUAGGAGUCCCCAACUCUCCAGCUGCAGACUAGUACCAGUCCUCAGCCCGUUGGAAACUGGGCGGCGCAAAUAGCAGGUGAGCACAUGAAGCUUUAUUUGUGCAUGUACAGAAUUAAGUUGCACGCUUGAAACCAUCUCAGCCUGCCACUGCCGGUCUGUGAAACCAAAAAGGUGGAGACCACUCAUUGUUUCUAGGAAAAUGGAGGGAAAAGCUAUUCCUACAUUGUUUCUUCUAAGAUGUAAACAGAGACCUGUAUAUUUUUCAUUGAAUACAUCUAUGUAAAAAUAAAAAGCAAACCAUU